AUGGCGGCACCAGCAGGCAGUGAUCUUUUCAGGGCAUGGCUGCAGGAGUAUGCCAAUGGGUCAACUACGGGCAGUACGGAUGCCGCAGCGAAGGCUGCGGAAAUUGAAGCAGAAAUGAAGAAGAAUUUGGAGAAGGAGUUCGGGAUACUGAAGGAAUGGUUGGUGUCGCAGGAGUCGUAUGAAAUGGGGAAGCUGUGCUCGGGGGCAGGGGAUUUGGGGGAUGAGGACCCCGUGAAGAAAGGUUAUAUGAAAGUCCUGUGUAAGGGGAUAAUGGAAAUACGGUAUUUCAUGAGUGGUGUGAAGGCAAGGAGGACGAGGGGGGGAGGAGGAGAUGAUACCGUAGAGAAGGAAACGCUUACCGGAGCUAAAGCGUAUAGUCGCUGCGUCGUUGGGAUGCUGGCUAUGUCAGAAUUGUACGGCGAUCAUUGCAACAUGGCAGAUGUUAUUAAGAAAAUAACGACUGAUGUCGACAACAACUUAAGGAAUCACUUGGGUCCGGAGCAUAUGGCAAACUGGGAAAAAUGCAAAAACAUUAAACAAGUAGAUUUAAUUUUUGGGAGAUCAAUUCUUCAUGAUGAAAUUAAGAAGUGGAAGGACGGAGAAAGGGAGAAAGCGGAGUUCGCACGGCGCCCUGAGUACAGGGUGCCGGAGAGGUUAGGUAUCCUGUGGUACUAUUGGUCACAUGCCUGUAAGCGCGGUUCGACAGACAUGGAAACCAGGAAGAAGCAAUUUUUAAAUGAGAAUAAAACCAGUGUGGUGGAAUUCAUGAAACUGGACAACAGCAAUUCAGGUCAAAGUAAUACAUUUUCCUUAGCAGACGUACUAAUGAACAGCGAAAUUCAAUUACCAGAAAACACAAUACAGGGUAUACUUAAAGAGAUGGUCGCGGACAGUGCUAAUGGCACCGUGGAACCUUCAAAAAUGAAGACAGCAGUGCAAACGUUAGAGAAGGAAUCUAAGAAAACACAAGCUGAAGUAUGCAUGAAGAACAGCACGAAAUUUUGCGAUCGACUAAAAUGUGCAAAACAAUAUUGGAAAUUGAAGAACAAGGAUCAGGGCAAUACCGAUAAAUUCUGGGAUGAAUACGUCAAUGGCAAAUUGGACAAUCUCUUUAAUGGGGUGAAUAAUACUGGUAGUAGUAGCACCGCAGCUGCCAAUUGCGAAAAGAGUGGCGUAGAUACUGCAAAUAAGGAAGCUUGCAAACUCAUUACUACUAAAUUAGAACAAAUUUAUCAAAAUUCAAAUGGGAGUGUUGGCGACAAAUUGUCUGAACAAAUUAUAAAAUGUCUUUUAUUGAAAGAAUAUGCUAAAAAAUUAAAAGAAAAAGCAAAAGAGAACGGGUUUUGUAGCAUAGACAAUGGUUUACAGAAAGCUUUCGAUCAAAGUAAAGAAAUUAUGCAGAACGGAGGAACUUCAUGCCAAACUGCUAAUGGCACUAAUUCAUGUUUUGAAUGUAAUUGGAACGAUAAAGAGGACUAUGAAGAUUGCCCCAUUGGCAAUGGCCAAAAUGGGAAAGUAAAGGAAGAAGUGGUUAAAUUGUUCAACGGCAACAACGACCAAACCAAGGACGACGGAAUACAGAAAACCUUGGCUAAGUUCAAUGAAGGAAAUUCCUUAUGUGAAUGGGUAAAUUGUGCCGCAAAGCGGUCGGAAGAGAACAACAGCAAGAACAAGGUACAGGGGACUGGACAAGUAAGUGGACAGAAUGACUUUUGGGAGACGAAGGUAAAGGAAUUGUGGGGAGAAUUAUCUGAAGCAAUGAGGGGUAGUAAUGGAGAAGGAAAAGGAAAUGGAUGUGAAACAUUGGAAAAUCCAUCUGACAAGACGGCAUGCAAUUAUUUGCAUGCCGGCUUAGAACAACUGUACAAGAAUGAUCAGACGACGGCGACGUCGCCGUCGGCGUCGUCAGACGCCGACGUCUUAAAGAACAACCCAUCGUUUAGACAUGCGAUGGGUUGUUUUUUACUUCACGCCUAUGCAAAAUAUAUGCAAAGGGAGUCAGUUUGUGUUAUUGAAAAGGGGAUACAGAAAGCAUUUGAUUCGUGGAAGAAUUUGGAGAGUAAGGCACCUUCUUGCAAUGGCAGUGGCAAGGGACAAUGUGUCCCUUGUCAAUGGAAAGAGAGCGACUAUGAUAGUUGCUCAAUUAACACAACUGGCCAGUCCACUGGCCAAGGUUCGAAGAUAGGGGAGAAGUUAAAGGACAUCGUCAAUAAGGACAAGGACAAAAAAAUAAAAGAAAUGCUAACUAACAUAAAUAAAAUAGAAAAAUUAUGUGAUGGUUUAAAAUGUAUAGCAUCCCACUUAAAUUCCUCUAGCUCAAAACAUAGUACAACUGCGGAAAAAUUUUGGGAGAAGGAAGAUGGAGCUGUGGCAAAGCUGUGGACAGAACUGUCCACAGCAAUGACGAAGACAAAUGGCAAGGACAACGCAAAUGGACAAUGUAAUGCAUUGGAAAAUCCGUCUGACCAGAGAACAUGCAAUUAUUUGCAUGCCGGUUUCAAACAACUGUACCAACCGGAUAAUUCGCCAGGAACGGUUAACAAUGGCACCAUCUUAUCUAAGGACAACCCAUCGUUAAGACAAACCAUGGGUUGUAUAUUACUUCAUUCUUAUGCACAACAUAUGAAAGGAAAGGCAAUUUGUGAUAUUGAAAAAGGGAUAACACAGGCAUUUCAGAAUAAUAAUGCUAAUUGCAAUGGUGGUAAUGGACAAUGUGUCCCUUGCCAAUGGGAAGAUAAAGCCCAAUUGGAAAAAUGCAACGUGCGGACUAGCACAAACGACACGGGCACUGCAGGGGACAAAGUGGAAGAUAUCUUCCAGGAGGACAAGGACAAAAACAUUAAGACAAUGCUAACUGAAAUAAAUAAAAUGGAGACUCUAUGCAACCGUCUCCAAUGUAUAGCAUCCCACUUAAAUUCCACAAACACACAACAUAGCGGAAAACAAAAUGCGAAAGAAUUUUGGAAGGAGGAGACUGGCGAGGUCCGUAAGUUGUGGCAAGAAUUGGCAGACGCCAUGAAGAAAACAAAUGGCAAAACGGAUCAGAAUGAAUGUGAUCAAAUGGAUGAUGGCACUGGCACUGGUGGCAGACUUGCCACUGACCCUGAGAGGAAGGCAUGCCAAUAUCUUACAUUAGGUUUUAACAAACUGAAAACUAUUUCUCUCAAUGGGAGAAAUGGAAUUCUGCAUAAGGACCCAUUGUUUGUCCAAACGAUGGGUUGUUUACUCCUUAAGGAAUAUGCAAAACAAAUGGGAAAGAAAUCGACUUGUCUUAUCGAAUCAGGAAUAAAAAAAGCUUUUGGUUCAUGGAAUCCAAGUAAUAAAACUGACUGUAAGGACAGUAGUCCGUGCAUUGAAUGUAAAUUUGAAGACAAUAUUGAAAACUGCCAAAUUACCACAAAUGGCUCCACCAAAGAGACUGCAGAUGAGAAGUUAAAAGCUGUAAAAUCCCAAAUUACUGACACCUUAACUCCCACAAUGGGCGAUAUGAACAAAACCGAAUCUUUAUGUAAUCAACUCCAAUGUGCCGCAGGGAAGUGGUUCCAUGAGCACAGUAAGGAUAACGGUGGUUCUAAUAAGAAAACUUGGUGUGAAUUUUGGGAGAAGGAAGGCGUCAAACCCAAACUGCAGGAUUUAUUCGAGAAGAUCAAGUCCGGAGGACAGGACACUAAUGAUGUAUGCAAUAAAUUUGGUGAUGAAAAUCCUGAUAGUGUUGAAAGAAAAGCAUGUAAUCAUAUCACAGCAGGGUUACAACACAUUAAGGAUAUUCCACCAAGUGGUAGUGGUAAUGGUGUUGUCCAGUCUAAAGACCAAGACAACCAACUGCUCCAACGAGCAGUUGGUUGUAUUGCUCUUAACAUGUAUGCUGAUCAAAUAAUUGCAAAAUCGAAAGAUUCAUGUCCCAUUGAUGAAUCUAAAAUACAAGAUAUGUUCACUAAAUGGAAUGAAAAAUAUAAUAAUAAUUCUUCGUCUUCGCCUUCAUGUAAUGAUGUUAAUAAUAAAGAUUGUUUUGUUUGUAAGAGGGUACAGAAAUCAGAACUUAAUAAUUGCCAACUAAGUGUUGACACCAAUUUAGUGGAAACAAAUCAAAGUACAACUUGCAAAACUGAUGCAAAUGAGGCAGUUAAAGUCCAAACUCAAAUGAACAAAUUCCUCAACAUCGAAGACAACCAAUCCCAAUCCAUCGCCCAAGUGAAGGAUACCUUAACUUCUAUCACUGACAUUACAAAAUCUCCUUUCUGUACUCAACUCCAAUGCGCAGCAAAAAAAUACGCAAAAAGCAAAAACGGAAAAAUAUCACCCUGGGAAGGAUUUUGGGAGGAGACUGGUGAAGUAGGACAACUGUGGACAGAACUGUCCACCACAAUGACAGAGAAAGGCACGACGAAUCAGAAUGGAUGUGAUCAAAUGUAUGAUAAUGGCACUGGCACUACCACUAGAGAAGCAACUAACCCUGAAAAGAAGGCAUGCAAUUAUUUGCAUGUCGGCUUAAACCAACUGUACAAUCCGCCGGCGACGGCGGCGUUGACGCCGUCGUUGCUGUCGUCGUCAGGAACCAUCAGCCUGAAGGACAACCCACUGUUGAGACGAACGUUGGGUUGUUUACUUCUUAAGGAAUAUGCAAAGAAAAUGAAAGAAAAAUCUACUUGUGUUAUCGAUUCUGGCAUAGAGAAGGCAUUUAAGGAAUGGAAUGGAAAUAUUACUAAUGGUACUUGCACUGACAAGGAACCUUGUGUCCCUUGCCAAUGGAAGGAUGACAGCAUUGACACUUGCAAAAUUAACACAACUGGCACAGGUGGCACCACAACUCCAACGCCAGUACGGGAGAAGUUAACACAAGUUCAGCCCCAAAUUACUAACAGCGCAACUAACACCCUACCGAAAAUAAAUGAAAUGUCCACUCUAUGCGAAUACAUUAAAUGCGCCGGACCCAAAUGGUUCAAAAACAGGGCAACACCGAACGGUAAUAGUGGUGGUACUCCUACUCCCACGAAGAAUUGGUGUGACUUCUGGGAAAGGGAAGGUGUCAGACCGGAACUGCAGAAGAUGUUCAAAGAAAUCGAGAAGAAUGGAACGAACAAUGCAAAUAACAAGAAUGCUCCAUGCAAUGAGUUUGGUGAUGGUAAUGAAAAUAGUGUUGAAAGAAAAGCAUGUAAUCAUAUCACGACGGGACUAAAAUACAUUAACGAUAUUCAACCAAAUGGUGGUAGUGGUAGUACUGCCAACCCAUCUAUUGGUCAAGACAACCAACUGUUCUUUCGAACAGUUGGUUGUCUUGCUCUUAACAUGUACGCUGAUAAAAUAAGAGACGCAACGCAGAAUAGUUGUCCCAUUGAUGAGACCACAAUAAAUAAAAUGUUUGAUAAAUGGAAUGAAAAAUAUAAUAAUAAUUCUUCGUCUUCGUCUCCAUGUAAUGGUAGUAAUAAUGUUUGUUUUAAAUGCACAAGACAACCAAAUUUUAAUAGUUGCGAACUAAGUGUUGACAGCUCUUUGGUGGAUAAAACAACAAAUGGAAAUUGCACUUCUAGCGAAGAACAUAAAAAAGUCCAAACUCAAAUGAAAAAACUCCUCGAAGACAAAUCCCAAUCCAACUCCAUUAACAACACCAUGCAAAAAACAUUCUCCGAAAUCACUAAAAUGGACCACAAUUUCUGUACUCAAGUCCAAUGCGCAGCAAAGAAAUGGAAAUCAAUAAACGACAAAAAUGGACAAAGCAGCGGAGUGACGUGGAAAAACAUCGAAGAAGACGCCACGAAGGAAUUGACGAAACUUCUAGAACAUAUGAUGCAACCUUCGGAGCAGAAGGACGUUGACAAAUACUGCAAAGACAACGAAGAUAAAUGGAAUAAAAUUGGCCAUAAGCAAGGCAGAACAAAUAAAGCAGCUUGUUUACUUUUUGCUGCAGGAUUAAAGCACAUUUAUACCCACGGUAAUGGCCGUGUUAACGGCCCAUCGUUUGGACAAACGAUGGGUUGUUUAUUUCUUAAAGAAUAUGCAAAACAAUUAAUAGAUUUGGCAGAUAAAGAAAAAAAGUAUAAAGUACAUCCUGAUUGUAGCGUAGAUAAGGGCAUAAACUACGCUUUUAGCAAAAGUAAUGCCAUUAUGGAAUCAACACCUCCAUGCAACAAGAAUGGUAAUUCUUGUUUUGAAUGCAAACUGAACGAUUAUGAUGAUUGCAAAAUUGGCACUGACAAUGUAAAGACCAAAGUGGAAUCAAUCUUCCAAGACGAACCGAACAAAAACCAUAUGGAAAAAACAUUAGAGAAUACAGUCUGUCCCAUCCUUCUUACGGAUAUCCUUACCCCUUUUCUUCCUUUGGCUCCUGUCUCCAUUGGCCUUUCUGCUAUGGCUUAUUACCUUUGGAAGUAUUUUGGUCCUCUUGGUAAAGGAGGACCACGUUUCAGAAGAUCUCCUGCUGAUAUUCCUGGUCCAUCGGUACAAGAACAAGUCCUUGAUCAUGUGCAACAAGAUAGUUCACAUGAAUAUCGAUUAGUGAAGGAACGAAAACCUCGUUCUGCUCCAACAAGAACAAAACGUUCUGGUCGCGCAAAUCGUCGCACGAUUAUUGAAAUUCAUUUUGAAGUGUUGGAUGAAUGUCAAAAAGGGGACACACAAUUGAACCAGAAGGAUUUUCUGGAACUUUUGGUUCGAGAAUUCAUGGGAUCGGAAUUUAUGGAAGAAGAACAGGUUCCUAAGGAAGAGGUUCUUAUGGAAGGGGUUCCAAUGGAACUUGUUCCUAUUGAAGACGUUCCAAGCUUAGGUUCCGGGCUUAUGGUUUAG